AUGGCGACCAACAGCAUCAAACUUUUGACUGGCAACAGUCACCCAGAGCUCGCGAAGCUCAUGGCAGACCGUCUAGGAACAGAGUUGACCAAGAUCCUGGUUCUCCAGUACUCCAACCAAGAGACGAGCGUGACGAUCGGCGAGAGUGUUCGAGACGAAGAUGUAUUUAUUCUGCAAUCGACAAAACCAAACGAUAUCAACGAUGGGCUCAUGGAACUUCUGAUCAUGAUCAAUGCUUGCAAAACCGCCUCGGCUAGACGGAUCACCGCAGUUAUCCCAAACUUCUUCUACGCGCGCCAGGACAAGAAAGAUAAGAGCCGGGCUCCUAUUACUGCUCGGCUGAUGGCAACAAUGCUGCAGACUGCAGGCGCAAAUCAUAUUAUCACCAUGGACCUCCAUGCCAGUCAAAUCCAAGGCUUUUUCACUGUGCCUGUCGACAAUCUUUAUGCAGAGCCGAGUACUCUCAAGUGGAUUCGUGAUAAUCUGGACGUCGAGAAUUGUGUUAUCGUCAGCCCUGAUGCUGGCGGGGCUAAAAGAGCCACUGCAAUUGCCGAUCGUCUCGAUCUUCAAUUCGCCCUCAUCCACAAAGAGCGCGCUCGUCCCAAUGAAGUUUCUCGAAUGGUGCUUGUCGGAAAUGUCACGGACAAGAUCGCGAUUAUCGUCGAUGAUAUGGCUGACACUUGCGGCACUCUCGUCAAAGCUGCUGAUACUAUUAUGCAACACGGGGCCAAGGAAGUCAAUGCAAUUGUCACCCAUGCUAUCCUCUCAGGCAAUGCCAUCAGCAACCUGAAUGGCAGUUGUCUUCGCCGCCUUGUCGUCACAAACACCGUGCCACACGCAGAAAAGAAAGAGGCAUGUGACAAGAUUGAGACUAUAGACAUCAGCCCAACUUUGGCUGAGGCAUGUAGGCGGACACAUAACGGAGAGUCCGUCAGCUUCUUGUUCUCGCAUGCAGUUGAAUAG